GUGAGUGGAGAGUGGGUAAGGAGGGCAGCGGACUGAUGACAGCUGUCACAGUGGACAAAAACACCCGCAAUCUGUCCAGAGAAGCCUUAUGGCGCACCCUUAAACCACCGGCCGAAGGGGACAACGGUAUUGCAGCGUCGGGGAUCCUUUCAAGGAGGCGCGGAGUUAUUUAGAGUUUCAGUCUGGUGGAGCAACAGUUGCUUCGGCACCAUGGGAACACAAGGCUCUGGCCGGAAGCGGGCCCCUGUAAAAGAUCGAUUCUCUGCGGAAGAUGAAGCGCUGAGCAGCAUUGCCAGAGAGGCGGAGGCGAGGUUGGCUGCAAAGCGAGCAGCUCGAGCAGAGGCCCGGGACAUUCGAAUGAGGGAAUUAGAACGGCAGCAGAAAGAGAUUUCUUACCACUCAUCCAGCAGUAGCAACAGAAAAUGGGGUCAGAUCCACCAGUGGAUGGCUGACACAGAAAAAGCCCGAACCUCUAGUAGUAGUAGAACAAGCAGUCGUCAUCGGGUGUGUAUUUUUUUUUCCUCACCUUCUCCCUCCUGUCUACUCCUAUUUCCUUUCUUCUCUCCGCUGUAAUCCAGCUCUAAAUCCCUCAUCACUCAUUUUCCUUUCUGUCUGCUUUCCUGCUGUGACUCCUUGUUUCCACAUUAACAGGGGCUGGAUGAUGAUGUCAUGUCAGUCCGCAGCUACAGGUCAACCUCUUCAUCAGUUCGGGACGUGGGCUCUAGUAAGAGUCGAUCCAGUUCCCGUAGAAAAGAUCUGUCUGAUGGUCUUUCCUCAGUCUCUGGCCUCAAAAGUUCUCGCUCUACUAGUUCUGUGUACAAUGACCUGCAUAAAAAGACCUCUUCCUCCAAAAAAGACCUGCUGACCGGCCUGUACCAUGAUCAAAGGACUUACAGCAGCCUCUCAAAGACCAAACUGCCUCCACCCUCCUCCACCUCCACCUCCUCUUAUCAGCCGCGGGCCACCACUUCCUCAUCCUCCACCACUGGUGCACCUCUGUCCCGUAGCUACAGCAUGGCCUCUAUUUAUGACGACACCGGACUUUACGGCUCGAGCCAAAGUUCAAGAGCUCCCUCUGAAUAUAGCUGGUACUCCUCUGGAGCCAGCUCUACUCGCAGCAGUCCUGUGUCUUCCUCAGAUGAUGACACUGUCAGCAGCAUAUCCCAGGAUCGCUUCAACCGGGGCCGCAGAGAUAGUGUGUCGUCGGACUUCUCGGAUAUUAGUGAGUCAGCUGCUGAUUAUUUCAGCCGCUCCAACAGAAGAGGCAGUAUUGUUUCCGAUCUCGAUGAUCUGAGCAUUCCCGAUCUGGACGCCCUGGAUGAGAAAUGCGACAAACAGUAUUCAGAUUACAGCCGGCCAUCUUCCCGCUGUGCCACACCGGGACUCUCAGCAGCCACGUUGGCAUCCCUGGGUGGCAGCUCCUCACGACGGGGCAGCACAGACACCGGCAGCAUCUAUGACCCCGACACUAGUCUGAGUGAACUUAGGGAAUCUCUAGCUGAGGUGGAGGAAAAGUAUAAGAAAGCCAUGGUAUCAAACGCACAGCUGGACAACGAUAAAGGAAACCUCAUCUAUCAGGUGGACACACUAAAGGACGUUAUAGAGGAGAUGGAAGAACAGAUGUCGGAGAUGAGGAGAGAGCUGGAGGAAAAAUCGAAGGAACUAGAAAGGCAAAAGCACACUUGUACUGUCCUACAGCACAAACAAGAAGAACUGAAAGAGGGAAUCCGCCAGAGGGAUGAGCUCAUUGAGGCCCUAGAGAGACAGAAAGAGUACUUUGAUUGCAUUAGGAAUGAGAGGGAUGAGCUCAGAGAUGAGCUCGCUGACAUCAAGGGGAAAGCCAAAGCUGGAGAGCAACACGGGCUGGUCAUCAUCCCAGACGGCGCACAAAACGGAGACCUCAACCACGAGCAUCUGUCCUCAGGAAUCACUGUGGUCUCCCAGGAGGCCGCGCAAGUGCUGGAGUCAGCAGGCGAGGGACCGCUGGAUGUGAGGCUACGGAAGCUGGCGGAAGAGAAGGAUGAGCUCUUGGCUCAGAUCAGGAAGUUGAAGAACCAGUUGGAGGAGGAGAGGCAGAAGCACUCGAAGGUCGACGGCACGUACGCAGACGGGGAGAGGAUGGAGAACGGUACUGACCUGCACAUCAUUGAAAUGCAGAGAGACGCCAACAGGCAGAUCAGCGAGUACAAGUUCAAGCUGUCCAAGGCGGAACAGGAAAUGGGUACGAUGGAGCAAAAUAUAAACAGACUUGAAGGACAAGUGUCCCGGUACAAGGCGUCAGCAGACAACUCGGAGAGAAUCGAGGAUGAGCUCAAGGCUGAAAAGAGGAAGCUGCAGAGAGAGCUGCGCACUGCUCUGGACAAGAUCGAGGAGAUGGAGAUGACCAACAACCACCUAGUGAAGCGGCUGGAGAAGAUGAAGGCCAACCGGAAUGCUCUUCUGUCCCAGCAGUGAGGCAAGGCAGCACCACCACCAUCAUCACGCAAGUCCUUAACCUCACACGUCAGACCUCCGACCGUGCGCCCGGAGCACGCUUCCCCGUCUUCGGCUGCGAAGACGUGUAGCUUAACCCGAAUCACCGAAAAAUCGUAGCAGAGAUGAAAGACCGAACUUUUCUUUUCUCUUUGGUCAAGCUGGGAGUUCUUUUCAUCUGUGAAGUCGCCAGAGAUUUUUGGGGAGAACACAUGGUGAAGAACGGUGAAGAUGCUGGGAGAAACGUGUCACUACAUUCAGAGCUUUCUUCUGCAACAUGUUAUCCACAACAUUAAUUUCCUUCUGGCUGGGUGCUUGGCUCUUCUUUUGUUUUGUUUUUUUGUUUUGUUUCUCUUGAUAAGUUGCAUGAAUGAGUCAGGACGACGCUUUUAAACUCUUCAACCAUGGAGGCUGCUCCGGCCCUGCACCUUCCCAGCUUCCCUCACACAGUGAAGUGCCUUUUCACACUCGGAGUCUGGGGAUCUGCACCGCUCAUUGAAUCAAUGGUUUUUAAAAGGUACACGAUGAUGUAUUUAAAGAGAGAGGGAAAAAACAGGAGGUGCCGUGUGGAAAAUAUGUAGAACCGACCGUGUCUGCUGCAGUUUCAUUGAAAUUUUUCAAAUAUUUAAAAUAUUUCUUGAAAAUAAAUGUGUAAUU